ACUUUGUCCUUCUAUCUCCCACUUCUUAUUCACAAUCACGAAAAAGUGAUCUAUAUGGACGAUGACGUCAUCGUACAAGGUGAUAUCCAAGACCUGUAUAAUACAAACUUGAAGCCAGGUCAUGCUGCAGCUUUUGCAGCAGACUGCGACCUUCCUUCCACUCACGAAAUGGUGCGAAGCGUUGGAAUGCAGACCACAUAUAUGGGGUUCUUGGACUACAGAAAGCAAGCAGUAAGGGAACUUGGCAUCAACCCCAGCACAUGCUCCUUCAAUCCAGGGGUGUUUGUGGCCAAUAUUACAGAAUGGAAGCACCAGAGAAUCACCAAACAGCUGGAAAAGUUGAUGCAACAGAUUGUCCAGGAGAAUCUAUACAGCAGCGCAAUGGCAGGAGGGGUGGCCACUCCUCCAGUGCUGAUUGUCUUUCAUGGGAAAUACUCCAACAUUAAUCCAUUGUGGCAUGUGCGGCAUCUGGGCUGGAGCCCAGACACUCGGUACUCAGAGCAGUUUCUUCAGGAGGCCCGGCUGCUGCACUGGAACGGCCGAUUCAAACCCUGGGAUUACCCAUGUGCCCACAUUGAGCUCUGGGAGAGGUGGUACAUCCCAGACACCACAGGGACAUUUGUGCCGAUCAGGCCAAACAGCUGAAAGAGAUACUGAAUUGACUUUCCUCCAAAGCAGCAUGCAAGUGUAGAAAAUUCUGGUACAGGAAUUAUCCUUGCUCAUCUUGACUAUAAAUGUUAUUUUGUCUUGGUUUUACAUACCAAAUGACACUCAACUGGGAUCAUGGCAACCAACCUUAGCACUAAAACUCAUUGACUUCUAUUUGUGCAGUUGGUAGAUGAAUUAAAGAGAGGGGAGAAGAAAAA